AUGCGAAAGCGACCCUCCUGCGGCCCUGUCCGGGGAAUCUUCCAACUCGUUCGCUUCAAUCUGCCUCCGUUGAAUUUCAUCACCCUGCAUUAUGGUUAUUUUAUCUUUACCUGUCUCCUCUCGGCCAUCAUCUUCUGGGGCGCUUCCACUCCCUCAAAGUCUGUCGAUUUUACAGACUCGCUGUUUAUGUGCGUCAGCGCCAUGACAUUGGCUGGCCUGAACACCGUCAAUCUCUCGGAGUUGAAUACCUUUCAGCAGUUCAUGAUGUUCUUUCUGAUCAUGAUUGGCUCGGCUAUUUUCGUCUCGUCUUUCGUUGUGCAUGUGCGACGCAAAGCAUUCGAGCGUAAAAUCCACAAAGUCGCCCACGACCAGAAAGAGAAGCAUGCUGGAAGACGAUUCUCCGCCUCCAGGCGUCUGUCGAUUCGGUCUCUGACACGCGGACGUCGCCCGUCUGGCAGCGAUGAAAAACCGCCGCCCAUGGGUGAUACUGAGCACCCGGCGAACCCCGCUCGAGACGAAAAGGGAAAACGAAGCGAAACGGAUGGAGAGCAGGAACCUUCCCAGCCAUCCAAGGAUCCGUCAGAACCGAGCCCACAUGAUGUUGAUGGACACGAGCAAGACUCAUCAGAAGGGGCGGACAAGCAAGCUUUGACCAAACAGCCGACCAAAGAGGACCACGUCAGCUUUAGCCCUGAUGUUUUCCGUCAUCCAAGCCGCGAGAGCCGAGCGCAAAGGUCCGGCCACAGGAUCCUUAACAUGCAAGGCGUUGGCGCAAGCUCAGGCGCCAGUCUACAACGCCAUUCAAGCCUAGCCCUAAAGACCGCUCAUUCUCAGGCCAUUGUGGAUGAUGACGAUGAGACCUCAAGACCAGCUGAACAUUCGGAAAAGCAAUUUCCUUCAUCUGCCUCCGUUGGACGCAAUUCUCAGUUUCACCACUUGACCGAGGCUGAACGCGAAGCGCUCGGCGGAGCUGAAUACAAGGCCAUCAAGGUUCUAGCUGUCAUUGUGCCGCUUUACUUUGUUCUCUGGCAAUUGCUAGGCUGUAUUGCUCUUGGAGCCUGGGUAGCCAACAACAGACCGGCCGCGGCACGGCAAAACGGUCUCAACCCAUGGUGGGUAGGAGCCUUCAAUGCCGUCUCAGCAUUUAACAACUCCGGGAUGAGCUUACUGGAUGCGAACAUGACGGCCUUUCAAACGGGCUAUUAUAUCCUACUCAGCAUGGGCUUGUUCAUCCUUGCAGGCAACACCUGUUAUCCUAUAUUCCUACGCCUCAUUAUCUGGACUUUUCGGAAACUCCUACCAGACAAUGAGAAGUGGUCAGAUCUUCGCUACACACUGCAAUUUCUCCUCGAUCACCCCAGACGGUGCUACACCAACCUCUUCCCAAGGCAGCAUACGUGGUGGCUCGCUAUUAGCGUCAUCACGCUCAACGCUGUAGACUGGGUGGGAUUCGAGAUUCUCAACAUUGGCAACGACAAGCUCAACGUGCUGUCCGCAAGUACUCGAACCGUCGACGGCCUGUUCCAAGCUAUAGCCGUGCGGUCGGGAGGAUUCUACGUCGUCAGCAUGACGGACGUGCGGAUCAGCCUGCAGGUUCUCUACGUGGUCAUGAUGUACAUCUCGGUGUACCCGGUAGUCAUCACGAUGCGCAACUCGAACGUAUACGAAGAACGCAGCCUGGGCAUCUACGGCGACGAGCCGGGCUACACGUCGGUGGACAACGACGACCAGUCGAUCACGGGGUUCAUCCGGCGGCGGUUCAACUUCCGGGGCGUGGGAGGCGAGCAGACCAAGAGCUACUUUGUGCGGCAGCAGCUGCGCGCGCAGCUGGCCCACGACCUGUGGUGGCUGGUGCUGGCCGUGUUCGUGAUCAUGAUCAUCGAGGGCAGCCAGUUCGAGCGCGACCCGGCGACUUUUAGCGUCUUUAACGUCCUGUUCGAGACGGUGUCGGGCUAUGGCUGCGUCGGAAUCUCGACCGGCACCCCCGAGAAUAACUACAGCUUUGCCGGCUCGUGGCAUAAGCUGAGCAAGCUGGUGCUGUGCGCCGUUAUGAUUAGGGGUAGGCAUAGGGGCUUGCCUGUCGCGAUUGAUAAGGCUGUCUUGUUGCCUAGUGAGAGGGAGUGGGAGGCCGAGGAGGAGGACGCCCAGCUGCAUAUGGUGCGCACUAUUAGUCGACAGGGUAUGGUUUAG